GUUGUAAAAAAGCAACUUCGAUUUUCGGCAGUGUAUAGUGUAUGCGCCGUAUCGAAAGGUUUCGAUACUCAUGAUAUCGAUAUUUUUAUUCCGAUAUUUUAAUGGAUCGAUACUCCAAUAAACGAUACGAAUCGAUACUUGGUAUUAAUAUUUUACGUGGAUCGGAAGAUCCCUAUACCUGACUUUAGAAAAUAAGGUUAUGCUUGUCUGUCAUGUCGUCAUGUGCGUUUUGUUUAUAAAUUUGGUGAACAUGUUUAUUGAUUAUCCCGAAUAAAGAAUAGUUCUGAUCAUCUGGUCAUAUUCUACUCCACAUCAUCAAUAUACAUUCAGCUUUAUAGGCAUAUACUGUCUAUUCAAAUUUGUAGGUUCCUGAAACGGGAAUUUUUAAAAAGAUGGAAACAAAAGGAAUACUAACAUUGCAAUUUGGGCAUUAUUCAAAUUGCAUAGGAACUCACUGGUGGAAUAUACAGGAAGCUGGAUUUGAAUACAAUUCCUCUGAUCCGUCAGAAAUAAACCAUGAUGUCCUAUAUCGAGAGGGACUCACUGAGAAGGUAAAUUGAUAAUCUUGGUCUACCCUAUAUGCAAGAGACAGCAGCAUGAUGGUGCCACAUUUUGUUCAUCCUAGGCAAAUUCGACAGGCUUCUGCUUUUCAUUCUAAGUUGGUUUGGUUGAACAGAAGGGGGUCAGUAUGACUUGUUCUUCACUUGAGUUACAAAAAUGUACCAAUAUUUUUAUAGUUUCUUUAAUUUUAGAAAGUUGAAACUUAUAUCAGCAAGAUCUCCUGAGUUCCCUCAUCGAAGUAUAGUUUUUUCAGUAUAUAAACAGUGUUACUGUCGAAUGAAUAUGAUAGCAAUUAUUGAGAUAAAGCAAAAUAAAAAAUACAAACUUUAACAUACACUGCUGUUUUUCUCUCAGAAUCAAGUAACCUACACCCCCAGAUUGCUCUUGGUUGACCUCAAAGGUAGUCUGAGGACCUUAUCAGAGCGUGGUGACCUGUACGAGCCAUUACCUGACCCUUGCAAAGAAAAAUCAAGAGUAGAAUGGCAACCAGGCCAUGUAGAAGUACAAUCAACAUCACAAUAUGAGAAAAAUCAAUUCCACAAAGACUUGGAGGACCCUGAGAAAGCUGAACAAGUUGCCAAGAUGACCUAUGACUUUGAUAAAGGGGUAUGAACGAGAUAGGUUCAAGUGUGGUCCGACUUUUUGUACGCACGCUUUCAUCCAAGAACAGUGAAUAUUGUUAGAGAAUACGAGCAUUGCAACGAAAAUACUCCAUUUGAUGCAUUUCCUUUAGGCACCAGUUUAUGGAGAACUCCAGCUUUUGAGGAGGAUUUUGCUGACAAGAUUCGAAACUAUGUGGAAGAAUGCGAUCAUUUUCAGGGCUUUCACAUGUUAUCAGAUAGCUUCACCGCUUUCGGCGGUCUAGCUUCAGGCUGUUUAGAACACUUACGAGACGAAUAUGACAGGAAAUCAAUCCUAGUGUUUCCAGUAAUUCCAUCCCAUUUUCCUACUACCAAUGACUGCACAACAGCACAAUCUGUGAUAAACGACUCUGUUAGAACGGUGAACUUGGCCCUGAGUUUUAACCAAUUCGCGACGCAUUCUUCGAUGUUUGUUCCCUUGUCCACAUCAACACGAAGCUGGAGACAAGCUGGACCAGGCAGAAACUUUCAGUAUAUUGAUUAUGAUGCAAUAUCUCCUUACAACACCAGCGCCAUCCUAGCUACAGCGUUAGAAACGUUAACUAUGAAACACAGACUACGUGCGAGCAGCAAUUUCUGUCUAUCCGACCUCGCUGCAGACCUCACUCUGCACGGUAGAAAAGCAGUUGCCGCUAGCUUGAGGUUACCUUUCGCUAUGCGCACUGGCGAAACCCUUUUGGAUAACCUCGAUCAGUGGCAAGGACCUCUUACGGUUGCUAUCACUCCAAAUUGCGAGAUCGGUAACGCAAGAAUGAUGCAACACGUCUGCAUCCGAGGCAUACCGACCACCCGUCUGAAAAAACCCGUAGAAAAAGCCGGCAGUCAGCGAGAGCUACCCGCAUACAAGUGUUGCACCGUUCAAGAAAUGUUCCAGAUGUAUUUGUCUUUCGUGACGGACGCCACUGCCAGUCACGUGACCACCGUCAACAAACCGAUCAAUGUCCGCGCUCCAUUUCCAAGAAUAUUCGACGCCAAGAUUGGGGCAAAUGGAGAUUUGCUGCCUGAAGGGAGCUCACGCUAUGAUAACACUGCUGUAGAAAAGAUAGCAACAGUGUCUGGCCUUCACAACUGUUCAGAAAUUGGUGACAUGUUAGAAUCAUUGCAUACAGAAACCAGAAGGAUCAGAAUACCAAGACUGCACCAGUUUACAAAUGAAGGUGGAGGUUUAGAAAGAGACGACUUCGAGGAAUGUCUUGACAAUUUAUUCGCGCUUAGAGAAAACUAUGAAGAUAAUUAUGUUAUUUGAAAUGUUUUAUUAUACUAUAUUUAGUUAUAAGUUUUAUAACACUGAUUUAAUAAAGAAAAUAUCUUCCGAAA